ACGGCUCUGUUUUUUCCUUAGGUGGUCAAUACAGUCCCUCGGUUUGAUCCAAUCCAUCUAUGAGGUGGGACACACUGCAGAUUGCCUAACCCGAAAAACACUAUAGUCCACUCUUCAUGUAGUUUUAGCAACCCAUUUUAUCUCAGAAACUGUAGGGCAUCUUCUCUGUGGUUAUUUCUUAUUUCUCAUGUAAUGUUGUCUAUAAAAACGUGAGACUAGCAAACCUCCAAAUUUCCAAACUGCAUCCCAGGUUUUCGAGUUAGAGCCAUGGACGUCUCCCAAACAUGUCCUCUAUUGAGUAGCAGUACUGGUCUCAAGGAGCAUUCCGUGGCGGACGGAGUGGAUCGAAAGCCAUCUUCCCAUGGAGAGUGGAGAUCUGCCAUUUACAUAAUUUGGGUCGAAAUCGCUGAGCAAUUCGCCUACUACGGCAUCUCGGCAAAUGUCAUCAUGUACCUCACCAACGUCUUCCACGAGCCUGCCUUGUCCGCAGCCAAGAAUGUGAACAUUUGGUCAGGAGUCAGCAGCUUGAUUCCGUUGUUGGGAGCAUUUGUUGCUGAUACCUACAUGGGCCGAUACAUGACCAUCCUCCUCUCAUCGUUGCUCUAUCUCAUGGGAGUUGCCACAUUGACGCUAUCAGCUACACCUGUAGUUCCACUUCGGUUCCGAAAAUCACUCUUCUUCAUUUCACUGUAUGUAUUGGCUAUCGGACAUGGAGGACAGAAGCCAUGCGCACAAGCAUUUGGAGCGGAUCAAUUCAAUGAAGAGAGCACACAAGAGAUGGAAGCCAUGAAUUCCUUCUUCAAUUGGUGGUAUUUUGGUAUAACCUGUGGUGUGGUUGCAGGCAUAAUCAUCAUAAGUUAUGUUCAAGAAUAUGUAGGGUGGGCCAUCGGCUUCAGUAUUCCCGCCAUUGCCGUAGCCAUUGCACUUGUGACCUUCCUUACUGGGAGGAAAUCAUACUUGCGACGAUCUCCUACUGGAAGUCCACUAACCCAAGUCGCCCAAGUUCUUGUUGCAGCAGCUCGCAAACGGCACCUUUCAUUUGUUGAAGAAGAUCAAGAGGAAGGAAAGGAAGGAAGAAUGGUUUAUGUCCCCUUGAAUGGUUCACUCAUCGUUGUCAAUCAAUUCAGAUUUCUUGACAAAGCUACCAUCAAAGACGAACUCGAUGCGUCCUGUGAGAGUAGAAAUGCAUGGAGGCUAUGUUCUACAAUUCAAGUAGAAGAAGCGAAACAACUUCUCCGUCUUCUCCCCAUCUGGUUCAGUUGCUUAAUGUUUGCAGUAGUGACUGCACAGACAUCAACCUUCUUCACUAAGCAAUGCAGUACAUUAGACCGAAAGAUUUGGUCCUCCUUCGAGGUGACUCCUGCAUCUUUCCAACUGUCCAUCGCCCUAUCAGCGAUCCUGACCGUCCCGAUAUAUGAUUGGAUUAUCGUUCCACUACUAAGAACAAUCACCAAGAUUUCAUCUGGGAUAACACUACUACAAAGGAUAGGAGUUGGGAUAUCUCUCUCUGUGACUUGCAUGGUGAUAGCCGCUCUAGUAGAGGCACAAAGGCUUAGAAUUGCUAGAGAACAUGGACUUGCUGAUAUCCCAAAUGCGAUUAUUCCUAUGAGUGUGUGGUGGUUGCUUCCACAAGAUGUGAUUUGUGGAGUCUCGGACGUGCUUACCAUUGCCGGUUUGAAUCAGUUCUUCUAUGACCAGAUGCCGGAUGGAAUGCGAAGUUUGGGGUCUGCAGCAGUUGUUAGCAUCUUCGGCGUCGGAAGCUUUUUGAGCAGUUUUAUCUUAUCAUUUUUGGAGAUGACCAACUGCAAAUGGUUAGCGAACAAUCUCAAUCAUGCACAUUUGGAUUACUACUAUUGGCUUCUAGCUGGGUUGAGCACUCUAUGGCUUGCUUUGUAUGUGAGUCUAGCCCAAUGUUUUGUACACAAGCAAAACCAUGAAGCCCUUCGCUAGGGCACCGUUUGGAUGCACAUUCAAAUCAUGGUUACUAUACUAGUUAGAGAAAAUUUAACUAGCCCAAUUGUGUUUUCUUAGCAUUGGUUAUAGGCUCGUUUGGGAGCUUGUAAAUGUAGAGGUAUGGGGAAUGGA